AUGCAUGGCUGCUUAGUCGCUGCUACAAUCUUUGUAGCAGCAUGGGCAGCGCCUCGCCCCAUGCCUACCAUGAUGGAGAGAAGACAAUACCCGGAGGAGAGUGGCGCUCCACCAUUCGACUUCCUCUCGGUGCCAACUGAAACUCCUUUGGGUCCGACAGAGGGAAGCGGCCAAUUAAGAGGACCAACAAACUUGGUCGGCUACAAUCCUUCGAACCCCGUGAACACCGAACUUCCCGGAGUAGUGCCCUCAGAUCAGUUUCAACUUGCUCCUGGCCAGACGGAGAAUGCGGAUUUGGGGCUGUAUCUUGAUCUCAACGAAGUCGACAAUCCCCAACCCAUUCGCGGCUCUACAGACAGUCCAACCGAUCCUGGCCCGCGCAAUCGUCCUUUGGAAAAGCAAAACCCGGAUCUCUACGCACCGCCAGGAACGGACGCUGGUUCAGUACCGAAUGCCAAAUGGCCCUUGGCUCUUAGUCACAAUCGUCAUGGCAGCGUGUACGCUUCUGGCUGGGCGCGCCAGCAGAAUGUCAACGAGCUACCUGUCGCGACAGCCAUGGCGGGAGUGGAUAUGUAUCUGACCCCAAAUGCCUAUCGCGAGCUUCAUUGGCAUCAGGCGAACGAGUGGGCUUACAUCUUCAAUGGCUCAGUGCGUGUGGCAUCGGUAGACGAGGCUGGAAGGACAUUCUUGGACGAUCUACAAGCAGGCGACGUUUGGUUCUUCCCUGCCGGCAAGCCGCACAGUAUCCAAGCUCUGCAAGAUGGCUGUGAGUUCUUGCUGGUAUUUGACAGUGGCGAGUUCAGCGAAGACAAUACCGCCUUGGUCUCUGAGACCUUUGCACGCAAUCCCCUGUCAGUCCUUGCUAAGGACUUGAGGCUCGACGUUAGCGCUCUUGCAAACAUCCCCAAGGACGAGUUGUACAUCUUCCCAGGAACGCCGGCGCCGGCCAACAUCAGCGAGCAAAACUCGACUGGUCCUGCAGGCAUCAUUCCUGGAGAUCAGACGUACUCAUACCACUGGUCUCAGCAAGAGGCAUACGAAGUCCCUGGAGGCUCCGUCAAGAUCCUCGACACGGCUUCCUUCCCAAUUGCUAAGGACUUUGCAGUCGCUCUUUUCACGGUCAGACCUGGAGCCAUGCGUGAGCUCCACUGGCACACUACAAGUGACGAGUGGGACUACAUCUUGGCUGGCCAAGGCCGUUUGACCGUCUACGUAGCUCCGUCGUCGUCGCGGACUUUCAAUUUCCAGGCUGGAGACACAGGCUAUGUUCCAGUCGUUGACGCUCACUACCUGGAAAACACAGGAGAUACAGAUUUGGUCUACCUGGAGAUCCUUCAGACUCCAUACUACAACGACAUUUCCGUGGCACAAUGGCUUGGCCUGACUCCCAGACAGGUCGUCAAAGACCAUCUGGGCUUCUCUGACGAGACCCUGGACCGCUUGCCCAAGAUCAAGCCGUACAUCCUUCCAGGCAACACGAAUCUGACGACAACCAACUUCACCUCUGAGACUGAAUAG